UGGAGUUAUAUAUUCGCAUCUUUGAUAAGCCACGAGUGAAUUAUUUACAGCAGGCCCUUAACUGUCUGCUGGAAAACUCAUGGUGUGUUUGGUUGUAGACUGUAAACACUGAUUGUGUCAACAUUAUGUCUCAGGACUUUAUCAAGGGAAGCAUCUCUAUUUCAUGGUCCAACCUGUGUUUUCCCACAUUUCCUGCCCUCUUGUUGAGUUUUUGGAAGUCACGUGGUUGUCAAUUCUGUAAAUCUGUCAAUAGAGUGCUACAGUGCCCACCCACUUUUUCAGUGGCCUUGUUUCCUGAAGUGUCUUUCCCAUAGGGAUUUUAAAAAUGUCUUCGUUAAAGAGUUAUAAGUCAUGAACCGAACCAACAACUGUUAUGAAUUUCUUUCUUUUAAAGAAUGCUCAUCGCCAAACUGUUUCGGUUCCCAUUGCCUUCCAUGUCUUGUCCAUACAGCGGAUGUCAAAUGGAACCAAGGUGGUCCUAUUAUUAGGAAAUACCAUCGUCUUUGGCUCUGUACCAGGGGUGUCCAAUCCUGUCCUGCAAAGUUUAGCUCCAGCCUCAAUUAAACACACCUGAACCAGCUAACCAAGAUCUUACUUGGCAUACUAGAAACUUCCAGGCAGGUGUGUUGAGGAAAGUUGGAGCUAAACUCUGCAGGAAAGUUGCCCUCCAGAACCGACUUUGGACACCCUUAGGGUUCUACAGAUGCAUCUUCUACAGAGCAGCAUGAGCUGUUCAUGCAGAAACUACAGCAGUGCUGCGUAAUGUUCGACUUUUAUGACACAGUGACUGACCUAAAGAGCAAAGAGACCAAACGGGCCACUCUCAGUGAACUUGUGGAUUACGUGUCCACUAACAGAGGAGUUCUGGUUGAGCCUGUCUAUCCUGAAAUCACCACCAUGGUUACCACAAAUAUUUUCAGAACGCUUCCACCCAGUGAUAACCCUGACUUUGACCCAGAAGAAGAUGAACCCACUCUAGAAGCCUCCUGGCCACACAUGCAGUUGGCGUAUGAGUUUUUCCUUCGAUUCCUAGAAAAUCCAGACUUCCAGCCAAGUACUGCCAAACGUUAUAUUGACCAGAAGUUUGUGUUACAGCUCUUAGAACUGUUUGACAGUGAAGAUCCUCGAGAGAGGGAGUUUUUAAAAACGAUUCUGCAUCGCAUCUAUGGGAAGUUUCUGGGUUUGCGUGCCUUUAUUCGGAAACAGAUCAACAACAUUUUUCUGAGGUACAUCUAUGAAACUGAGCACUUUAAUGGAGUUGCUGAACUCCUUGAGAUUCUGGGCAGUAUCAUCAAUGGCUUUGCUCUGCCGCUGAAGGCUGAACACAAGCAGUUCCUCAUGAAGAUCCUCAUUCCCCUGCACACUGUUAAAGGACUUGCGCUGUUCCACGCACAGCUGGCCUACUGUGUGGUUCAGUUCAUAGAAAAGGACCCGACCCUCACUGAAGUGGUGGUUCGUGGCCUUCUUAAAUUUUGGCCUAAGACGUGUAGUCAGAAAGAGGUCAUGUUUCUAGGGGAAAUUGAAGAGAUCCUGGAUGUUAUCGAACCUACGCAGUUCAAGAAGAUUCAGGAGCCUUUAUUUAAGCAAAUCUCUAAAUGUGUAGCCAGCCCUCAUUUUCAGGUAGCAGAACGAGCACUGUACUACUGGAACAAUGAAUACAUUUUGAGUCUAAUCGAGGAGAAUAAUGCCAAAAUCCUUCCCAUCAUGUUUGGAAACUUGUACCGGAUCUCCAAAGAACACUGGAACCCGACGAUCGUGGCCCUGGUGUACAAUGUAUUAAAAACACUGAUGGAGAUGAACAGCAAGCUGUUUGAUGAACUGACAGCCUCUUACAAAUCUGACAGACAGCGAGAGAAGAAGAAAGAGCAGGAACGUGAGGAACUGUGGAGGAAGCUGGAUGAACUCAAACUUCAGGAGACAUCAGCCAUCCAGAAUAACAGGCAUGAGCUCCAGUUCACUUACAGCAACAACAAUAACAACAACAACCUUCACGAGAAAGAUGAAAACCCAGCAGCAGCCAUUACUGACAGAAUUGAGAGCGACUCCUGGGUCAAAUGACACUGCCCUCUUUCUUCUUUCCUCAGUAUUUUGCUGGUUUACAGAUGUAAACCACUGUAGAGAGCGGUAAGGAUAUGGACCUUCUGCAAUAAUCAUUUUUAAAGAUUAAAAAACAAAAAAAUUCCAAAAGCCUAUGUAAAACUAAAUCAAAAUGCUAUUUUCUCCUGCUAAAGGAUAAUAUAUUUUCUGUAUGUAAAUCUAUUUUGGAUGUAAAGUGUGGUUAUUGUUAGUAAUGAAAGUGCGAUCACAUUUACUGCUCUUAGUGAAACUGAGAAAAUUCAAUAGAAAUCCAAGUGAUCUGGAAUUUUGGAUAAGGAUAAAAGUUUUCCUUGCAGAUUUCGCAGUGGGUUCAGGUUGGUCACGUGGAUACACCAUGCUGACCAAUAGAAAGCUGCUUAUUUAAAAAAAAAAAAGUCUAUUGUGUGAGAUGUGCUCCAUACAUCGAUACACUACUACUGCCAACAGACGAUGGACCGUUUCUCCUAAAUUUCACUAAUGUGACUGCAGUUACAUUAUCAGAGUUUUUGUCUUUUUUUUCAACUGAAAUUUAAAUAUUUUUCAACAAAAUACAUGUACAAUAUAAUUAAUAAUAGUUUAAAAUAGUACUUUUGUUUUAAAUAAGGGUAUAUAUAUAUAUUAAAUGAAUUUAUUUUUAACUAUUAUUCAAUUUGGCUUCUAGUUUUUUCUAGAAAACAAGACAAAAAUACUGACAAAAGAAAAUAUUUUUGGCUAUAUUAAGACACAUGAGCAUGAUCUGUUUUAAAAAAGCAAACACUACCAUGAGUUUGAAAUGUAUUUUACCAUAAAUGUGACCUGAGCUGAAUAUUAACGUUUGAUGCCUAUAGUUCACAUGAUACGCAAGUUAUAUUCCAUGGAAGUGUCAAAAAUUUGCCUUAGAAAUGCAAAAAGUGAAGCACAAAUAGUGAACCUGGUUUAAAACUUUUUUUUUUAUCAUAAUACCAGCCUUGCAUUAUAAAUGCAACAUCUUUAAAUACUAUAUUUUAUUAAAAACUCAUUGCUUUCUGUAUCAUUCUGACACUGACUAUGCAUUUUGCAGGUUGGGAUUAAAACAAAUAGAUAAUUCUUAGACAUAACUUAACUCAGGGAUAACUAGUGCUCCCCACAUGUUAUGGAACGGUGACCAAGGUUUUUGUUGUUGCUUAUUUUCUCAAAAAUAGAAAAAAAAAAUUGUAAUAUGUUUAAAGAAGCAAUAGAUAUUCUAAAUGAGACUCACUGACAUUCCAUUCAACAUUCUAUUGUUUUGCUUCAACCAAAAAUGGUCUCAUCGCUAUGCAGUUAUGUUUUCAUGAGAUUUUCUGUGAGGAUGUGUAAAAUAACCUUGUUGUAAUGUGCUUUCCUGCAUUAAAAUGCCAGGCUGAUGUUUA